AACAACAACAGUACUAUGAUAAAUACAACAACAAAAUAUAAUGUAAAACAAAUACCUUGAUAAAUUGAUUGGAAUUAAAAUAAUAAGGGCAACACAUAUAAAAAACCUCAAUUAAUAAAAUGCAACACAAAUAGUAAAGUAAAUAAACGAAAACUAAACACAAUAAAUAUAAAAUUAUGAGUGGCAAGCACCCACUAGUCACACAUUAUCUUAAGCCCCUGACCAAUUAAAAUAAAUUAAAACAAAACAAAAAAACACCCAAUUGAUCAACGUUAAUACUAAUGGAAAAUGUUACCCACAUAUGAACGUUUAGAUGCUCCAAAGACCCUUAUUAAAAUAGCUUUCUCGAAAUUAGCUAUAGGCGCUAUAAGUUUGGCAUUUGGUGCUUUCCUUUUUACCAUAUUCUGGACCUUAAUGUUUGAUUUUGAACGGGCCACCUAUACGCACUGUGAUGUACGCAAUUACCUGCCCUCUAUUUCAGCGGCCAUAGGAAAUUAUGAGCCCCAAAAAUCUGUCUGGAGAUUGGCCAUAAUAUUACAUUUACCCAUACGCUUGGCUGUAUCACACAUCUAUUCGAAAUACUAUCGCGAUCAUAUACGUAAAAAUCGUCGAUUUUUUGCUCACACUGCGGUCUCAUUGAAUGUUAUAGAGAAUUUUGCUCUAUUAAGUUUAUCGCUGUGGACUUCAUCGGAUAAUUAUGAAAUGCAUCGGAAUUCAUUUGUUACAUUUAUCGCCUGCAGUGAGCUUUAUAUGUUGAUAACUUAUUUUCUGCAUAAAAAUGGUCGUAAAUUGCAAUUAACAACAUUGGAGGAGAAAUCGGUUAAAUUUAAAUUGUAUUUAUUUCUAACGAAUUUGGUGGCAUUUGCUAUGGCGGGUUAUUUUUUUCUAAGACACAAUGCUAAAUGUGAACCAGGAGUUUAUACUUUUUUUGCUUUAUUCGAGUAUAUAGUAGUUUUUAGCAAUAUGGGUUAUCAUAUGACUGCUUAUUGGGAUUUCUUUGGUGUUAAUAUCUGCUUCGAUUGGAAAAAUGGUCUAUAUUUAUCCCACUUAUAGUUGUUCAAUUAAAAUUGCUUCAUUUUGACUCUUAAAAAUAUUGAAAAUUUUAAAAAUUUUCUUUAUUUUUCUAUAUCGACAAUGUUAUACAUUUUAAAACUUAACUAUUUUUAAGUUUAAAAUCGUUUGAGGCUAAUUUCUCUAGCCUCUGUGCGAUUUCAAAGUAUUUUUCUUCCAAAAAAAAUUAAAUUUUUAAUUAUUGUUUUUUAAUAAUAAUAAUAAUAAUAACUUAUGUUACGUUCAAAUUUUUGCCAGCUUCAGGGAAUUAAUUUUUUUUUAACAAAAAAUGUACAUAGAUUCAUUUUUGUCCUUUACUAGGAAAAAAAAUUAGCUAGCUUGUUUAUCACAUAAAAUUAUAUUUAUACCUAAUAUUUUUUGUAACUUAAAAUAUUUAAUUAAGACAGAAGGCUACAAUUUAAAAUAAUUAAGGAAAAAUAUAAUAUAAUAAAAAUCUACUUUC